GUAGGUAGGCAAUUAGGUAAUUCGCCCUCAUUCUACCUACAAUAUUUUCUCACCUCUCCUCCUCCUGUAGCUUAGGGCCUACACAUGGCGUAGCACACAGCAACACUCCGGCGUGCGUGGGUUGCUCCCUGGCCCCCUGUUCGGAUAUACUGUUCCCAGCACCCUCGGCCUUUACCCGUCGGUGUUGAACCACGACCUCCCCAGGCGCGAGAUUCGAGAUGGGAAUCGGGGCCCGUCCCCUUUGGCUGCUUGCUAGCGAUAUUCACUUCAAGCCCUUUGACCUCGACCGCGUCGUUCGUGCGGCGAACUGGAUCACCUCCAUUCCCGACACCUAUAACGUCUGCCGCGCCAUCAUCUGUGGCGACCUUCUCACCGCACGCACCUCGCAGCCGACCCACGUACUCUCAGAGUGCUACCGUUUCUUAAACAAGCUAGUCGAGGCGGUGCCGCACGUGAAUAUCAUCCUAGGUAACCACGACUUAGCCUAUCGCCACGACUACACGACUUCAGCCUUGGAAGCCCUUGCCAUCAGCCGGCUCGCUCCCUUUGUGACCCUCCAUGCCGAGGUGGGCUGCCACGAGUGGGAUGGGAGGCGGGUGUUUGUGAUGCCGUUUCGCGAGGACCAAGGUCAGAUUGUCAGAGCCAUACAGGAACUAGAUCCUAAGAGCGCGGCCGCAACGGUUGGGCUUGGCCAUCUUGCCAUAAACCGAGCCAUAACCCAGAAGCACGUCGUAAACCCCGAGACGGGAGAGGCCGGCCUGCCUUCGAGGUACCCCGGUCUCACUGGCGUCAGAUACUUCGCGCCACUGGCGAGAACCUUUACGGGACACUUUCACAAUCAUCAAUUGAUCCUUCAAAGCCCAGAGCAACCUUCAUCCCUCCGCGGGAGCAUUACAUACAUCGGGGCCCCUCUGCAGCUUACUUGGGGAGACCUAUUCGAUACACAGAAAGGGGUUAUUUUACUGGACCCCGAAACUCUGGAGGAUGCGCUUGUCACGAACCCAUAUGCCGAGGGUUACGUGGCUGUCGCGGGACAGGAUGUGCUCACGGGCCAAGUACCUGCGGAGCAGGUCAAUGAUAAGCAUGUCAUGAUCACGGGGAGAUUAUCAGGAUACAAAUACAUCUCUGCUAAAGAACGUCUGGUCAAAUUAGGAGUCCGUAGCGUACGAGAUUGGAAACCGUUUGAACCGGAAUGGAAAUUAGAGCCCAGGGGUCUCGGGAAAACCAUGCUUCCUGUCGAUAUCCAGACUCAACCGGAUGGAAAUCGAGAGACGGUCAGACCGGUCGAUAUCACCGAACAUCCAGCCGUUGCUUUACCCAGUUCGGUGGCCGCGAAGAUAGAGCGCGAAUCAGUCGACCUAGGUACAGUCGUCCAGGAAUAUGUCUCCUCCCUAGAGCUCGGGUCUAUCCUUGAGAGUAGGCGGGAAAUAUUGACCCUCGUGGGAAAGAGGCUCGUAGAUGUUGGCAGUUCUGCCCACGACAAGACCAGCUGUACGAUCAAGUACAAAGACAUGCUCGACCCAUCCACGCCACUCGUAUCCAUCCACGCGAACGAUGCCCUACACGAAGCAGCCGCUCAAAACAUCUUCGCUUCGCACCCAACCUCGGUCGAAAUCACAAACUUCUUAGGAGUCCAGGGCACUCUCCGCCUAGAUUUUGGCCAUCAUUUUCGGCCCGGCAUGAACUUCAUCGUAGGACAUAAUGGAGCGGGAAAGAGUACCAUCAUCGAGGCGAUUGUGUGGUGCCAAUUUGGACAGUGCCUCCGUGACGGGCUCGGGGUGAAUGACGUCGUUAACGAUGUUGUUAAGAAGGACUGCAACGUCCGCCUAACAUUUUCGAACGGGUAUACCAUUUCACGAUCCCGAAACCAUAGCAAGCUUCGGAAUCAGACGAUUGUGGAAAAGGACGGCAUCAUCCAAUCGCAGUUUCAGGGUCACAACACGAAGAGCACUCAAGCAUCCAUCAACAUGUUGCUAGGCGUCGACUUUGAUACGUUUUCCAGAACUGUCCUACUAGGUAACGAAAGCACUCGAAGCUUUUUAAGCGCCUCACCGCUGCAGAAGAGGCAGUUGAUUGAGGCAACUUUGGGUUUAGGGAUUCUGGAUGGAUGUGCAGAGGCCUGCAACUCCAUGACAAAUCAAGUAGACGAGGAGCUCGUCGAUAAACAGUCCAGACUUAAAGAAAUAACGCAUACAAUUGUGCAUCUGAAGAGUCGAGUUAAGAAGAUGAGGCAAAAGCUGGGUCGCCUUAACGAUGGACUUACCUCUUUGGCUCGUGAUUUGCAACAAAAGGAAAAAAAUCAUAUUGCCUCUUUAACUGAUAGAGGGUCUAAGAUAAGACAGCGACAAAAAGACCUCGAGACUGAGCAGGCUUUGCCAGAUCUGGAGCCAAAACUCCUCGCUCUUCAAAAUGAGGUAUCUCAGGCACAGGGCAAAGUAGGGGAGCAAAGUGCCCUAGCGACACUGGCACACAUCCGUUUAUCUAUCGACCGGGAGGGUACCAACAUCAAGCAGGAAAUCAAGGCUACGAGUACGCGAUUGCACUAUCUCGACGAGCAACUUGAACGUCUCCUAAGAGACAACAACACAUUGGAGAUCCCACCCUCGACUACCAAAGAGGAGAAGGAGGAGGACCAAAGCAGAGAUGCAAGUAGCUGGCGAGGUUUCCUGCUGAAAACUAUACAUAUCUUUCAGAGUGUCUGGAUUUCAAUCCUUAACAUCAUUAACUACAGAGCAAAGAAGGAAUUCGACAGAGCGGUCGCCGAAGCUAAGCGACGAUGGGAUGAAUACAUAGGAGCCAUCGCCGUGCUCAAUAACCACGUCGUUGAAACGCAAAAAAAGGUCGCGGGCAUGGAGAACAGAAUAGGGAGCUUUCUCCGGGAUAUUGCCCAUAGGAAUUUCGCGAGUGAAAAUGAUGCUCGCACUGCUCUAAAAAGCCUGACAGUCCAGAGAGCGUCGAAUGUUCCCAGCCAGGUGACUGCUGCGAUUGGUGAGUUACAGACUCUGACAAAUCGGUAUAACCGUCUACAACGCGAAUGUGAGAGUCGAAGGCAGAGAUUGCUUCGAAAACAACACGAUCUUGAGGAAGAGGAGAAAAGCUUGGACGUGGAAAGGAUGAAUUGGGAAGCGUCCUUGGACAGAUAUCAUCUCAUGAUCACUAGCAACGAGAAGGAAAUUUCCACCUGCAGAUGGCAUGUCGAAUUGGAUGCCGAGCCCCUCAAAAGCCUCAGCCACCAGGCAGCCGUCCUAAACCAAGAAGUCGAGAGCAUACACUCUCGCCGGGAGAUCUUCACCUUCUGGCAGUCUGCCUUCACGCGCCGCCAGGUUACGGCUUCCAAGGCGACAUUCCGUCGAUAUGUGAUGCAACGUCAUCUUGGAGAGCUUAACAAGCUGCUGGGGCAAAUCCUCACGGUCAUGUAUCAGGACGCGCACAGCAUGGCGACUAGCACCAUCGGUGCCUUAUUUAAGGGAGAUGGCGAAUACGAUAAGGAGCUCGAUAAUACGAAGCCCGAACCUGCCUCGGUGCUGGACCCCUCGCUCUCGAUAGACCCGGCCCUCGAGUACGCUAAGAAGAGCAGCGGCGAGAGGAAACGCGUCGACCUCGCGCUCUUUUUCGCGUUAUUCAUGAUGGGACAAGCCAGGAGUGCACACGUGGCUAGGUACAUGCUUAUCGACGAAGUUUUCGACAGCCUGGACGCAUCUGGCCAAGCCUCGGUGCUCAAGUGGUGCCGCUGGAUGACGGAGAGGUUAGAAUACGUCUUUGUCAUCACUCAUAGCCAGGCCCUGAUCAAGCUCGCCGAAGAAGGGAGCGGCGCUGAAGGCGACGGGGCAAUUGUCUUAACUAUGAAAGCGGGCAUUAAAGGGACUGAGCUGGUAAUAGAUAGUUGAGAGCAAAGUCUUUUUUUGGUCUAAGGGGGAACAAAACAACGCCUAUCCACUUGUAUUAUAGCUAUGUCUACUAGAAAAUGCCCUCGUCGCGAGAGCUUUAUGCGCUAUUAUCGUCCCCGAGGAGUUAUACCCUUGACAUUGCCCAAUAGUAAGGUCGACGACA